CUUCCUCUCGCGCCAGCAGCCCUCCUUGCAGCUAUUCCACCCACUCACAAUUGAUUGUUCCCCUUCCCGCCCGGCCGGCAUCUGGCGCGCCGUGAGAGCCCUGAGAUCAAAAUAUACAGAGUGUUGUCCACUAUGUAUUUGCCACACAAUACAUACCUUAGGUAACCCGCUGCCGGGCAUGCCUGCUCCAGAGAGGAGGUAGGUAGGUACCGAGGGACGGACAUCGGGCCCGCUAACAGUGCCCCGGUUGCAUGCGGUACGGGACGGAACUUAAUGAUCCUGCAAUCUCGGCCGCGGCAAGACAUCUUUUCUUUUUCCUUCAUGUUUUUCUUUCCAUCCCUUUUUUACAUGUAUCAUGCACAACAAUCGCCCAGCACCACCAACAUUACCUGUGCCGACGGAAUUACGGACGGGAUCGCUGCGGAACUGCGGCGCGACUGGAUGAUUCUCUGCAGAUCCGAGACGGCAGGCACGUCGGCUCGCCCGAAUGCCACGCCGUAUCCGUUCCACGCGUGUUCGAUGGGCUUCCUCCGCGGUUUCAGGACCUUCCCCAAUACCGGCGGGCGAAAGAAAGACACGCCUGCCGCUUACGGCGUAUCCACUGCUCGUUGUCACCUUCCUCUGGAUGAGUUCCGUUGCUACGGUGUAAUCACCGGGGAUCUGGCAGGAAUUCGGUCAGAUUUAUCGGCAGUACAUACAUAACUAUGUAUGUGAUGGCGGGAGCCCCCUGGAACAUUUCCCUCGUCCUGCCGAGCGGCAUCUUCCCUGAUUUCGGGCC